AAUAAGUAAUUAUCAAUGAUUCUUAGUAUGAUAUUUCUAUAAGGGUUAUGGAGUGCGACUCGAAAAAUACUCAUUAUACCGAGACAGAACGAUUGCUCCUUGCUCAAUUAAUAUCAGAAGAACAAAUUAUAGAAAAUAAGAAAACAGGAACAUCAGAUUUAAAAUGUAAGGCUGAAGCUUGGGAAAGAGUUACUAAAAGAUAUUGCAGCCAAGGCUUUCCAUCUCGUACCAGUAAACAACUAAAAAAAUGCUGGGACAAUAUGAAGCAGAAAAAAAAGAAGUUAAACACUUCAAUAAAGGUUCAGCGUCUCAUGACGGGUGGAAGCGUUGCACCAGCAAUACCUGUUGAUCCAGUCAUGAAUUUUAUGGAUGAUGCAACUCCAAAUUUAGAUAUCGAAGUUCCAUGUCCAUUUGAUAGUACAGCUCAGAUGGAAAAAGAAUAUAAGAUAUAUUUUUUAUCAUAUAAAAACUAACUCAAACAGAUAAUUUAUAGUGCAUAGUGACGACAAGACUGAAGAGGCAAUAUUAGCUACAAUUGAUAUGGAAAAUGAUUCUUUAGAAAUAGAUUCAGAUAAGGAAGAUU